AUGUGCCGCAAAUCGAAUAAAAUGGUGGAUUUGUUCGUGCAGGCUGCGAUCGUGGUCGGCAUGAUCGCGCUAUCGCACUCCAGCGCACUGAACGGAGCGACAAUGAACGUGAACUCAGCCCGCCAGCAGCUGCCCUCGGCACCGACGGAGACCAUCCCGGUGGCUGGUGUCCUGACGGGUGUGCUGCGGGACGAACCGGAUGCGGAUGGGCAGCGGUUCGAGGCGCUCUCGCUCGAGGAUCAGGUGCGGUUGCUGUCGAAGCAACUGAACGCGCUCACCUACCAGCGGCGCGAGGACUACAAGAUGCUCGAGAACGGCCUCAAGAAGUACGUGCGCAAGAAUGCGGCCGAAAUCACCGACGCCCAGAUCCGGGAGGAGCUGGAUCAGCUGAGGGAGGACGUCAACCUGCUGAGGGAAAGCAGCUCACCGAGCAAGGAGCGACUCACGGUUCAGUGGCUCUCGCAAUCGAUAUCCGAGAUUCGCACCGAGCUGGCGGAACUGCAGGGAUCGUUCGGUGGCGGCUCAAAGGACGCCCAGUUCCGCAACCAGAUGCUGGAGGACCUCAGCACGCUGCGGAGCGAGCUCGGUACGGCGAAGCUUGAGCUCGAGUCGCUCCGAUCGCGCCAGGAAAAGACGGAGGUUCUCGUGCGCGAGCUACAGGAGGAAGCCGUCCAAAGUGCGGACGAUAUCCGGCGCAGCCUGAACCUGCGACAUGACCAGGAUGCCUCCGCGGGAUCACAACAACCACAGCAGCAGGUGAAAUCGAUGCUGCCCCACACGAUCGACUUCGUGGAACCGGAGGCCGACCAUCGGAUGCGCCACCAGCGCUUCAUUCGCCAGCAGCUACACGAGCUUGAGGUGAAACAGAGUGUCAUGAAGCGGCAGCUGAGCGAAAUGCACGGCCAUCGCCUAGCGGAUCGGCUUCGGAGUGUCGAGAUCGAACAGCGCCGUCUGGCGGGAGCAAACUUCAACGUGAGCCGUCAGAUCGCGGGCUUGGACAAGCUGCAUGGAUCUAUGCUUGAGCUGCUCGAGGACGUCGAGGCGAUUCAGGGCAAGUUCGAAAAGACAGUACCCGACAUGCGGCGCGAGAUCGCAAAGGUAGAGUUCGGUGUGGCGCAGGCCGCGUCCGAGCAGGGAUUGGUGCGUGAAGAAGUGCACAAUGCCGCCAAAAGCAUCCAAGCGGUGGCAGUUAGCGUGAGCGCGCUUCAGGAGGAACGAGACAUUGUCAAACGGCUUCAGACUGAGGUGCACGAGCUGAAGAAAGAGCUGGAGCGGAUCCGAUCGGCUUCCCUGCUACACCGAGAGAUGGCACAAAACCGACUCGAGAAGCUCGAGGCGGGCUCAAAGUCCGAUUACAACGGCACGGCACGCCCGGAACCGACCGAGCUGGAGCAAACGACGCGCCUCGUCCAGCAGCUGGAAUCCGUCGAGCACGAGUACGAGUCCAUCAUCAACAAGCUGCCCCGGGACUGCAGCCAGAUCGAGCGAAUGCGCACCGCUGGCACGGUGAACCAGCCGGGCGAUGGUGGCCUCUAUCUGAUAGCACCCGCCGAGCAACACCACCCGCUGAUGACGCAGUGUUUCGGUGAGUGGACGACGGUGCAACGUCGCCAGGAUGGUACCGUCGACUUCAACCGCUCGUGGGAGGAAUACGCCCAAGGCUUCGGCACACCAGCCGGCGAGUUCUGGAUCGGCAACCAGGCACUGCAUCACCUCACGCAGGACAACUGCUCGCGGUUGCGCAUCGUCAUGCAGGACAUCUACGACAACACCUGGUUCGCGGACUACGCCAGCUUCCGGAUCGGGUCGCGCGAUGCCGGUUUCCGGCUCGAACUCGGCGGGUACGCUGGUAACGCGUCGGACGCGUUCGAGUACCAAAACCACAUGCAGUUCUCGGCGAUCGACGUCGACCGGGACAUCUCGAACACGCACUGCGCUGGGAACUACGAGGGUGGCUGGUGGUUUUCGCACUGCCAGCACGCGAACCUAAACGGCCGCUAUAACCUAGGGCUGACCUGGUUCGAUGCGUCCCGGAAUGAGUGGAUUGCGGUCAAAUCGAGCCACAUGAUGAUCGCUCGGCGUCCCGAGUGUGACGCAACCGUGACGGAACCGCCCGUGGGCCAACAACCGGUGGCUUCUUCGACGACGACGACGAGUCUACACCACCCCACGACGACACCACCAACGUUCUCCUAA